UGUUACCAGGUUUAUAGACUGUAAAAUAUAUAUAGCAUGCACAAACAAUAUAAAUAUACUAUAUAAAAAUCUAACAAGGUAGCCGAUCUUUUAAUAAUUUGAGCCAAAUGAUUGCAACUGAAGAGCUGCAGCAUAUCCUGUUAUUCUACGUGAAUUAUUAUAGAUAUUAUUCUGGUUAUUCAUACUGUACUCAACUAGGAUUGUUCUGGUUCUCUGAAAUAGCAAUUUGUUAGCACUCACACCUACUUACAGCAAUAUAAACAGUGUGAGUGUUAAGAGCUAAGUUUCCUGAAGCCAAACCAACAUUUUGUUGAAAAUUUUCAACUUCUUGUCUCUGAUCCUAAAAGCUUUUAUAUAUCAAUUCAUUUUAUAUGCAGUAUAUUUAAUAGGUUGACAGAAAGCAGCUUACCAGAUUUUCUGUAUAUAUUAGCCCUAACCUUUCUUGGACAGGAAUGCAUCACUACCAGGACAACAGUGACAAGGCUUGUACAAUUUCCCAGAUUCAAAUUCAGACUAUGCAGAAUAAAGAGAGCGAUCUGUGUGAGACUGCCUUCUGCUGGCAUCUUGAAUGUGUACCUCCUUAUUCUGCCACUGAAGUGGUAUAGCAUUUCUGAAGCGCCCUGAUGCUCAAGUUCAGUAGACAGAUGGACUUACCAUAAACUGGUUCCACAGUAGAUUGAGAGCUGUAGACACAUGCAGGCUCACCUCUGUAAGGACAACAUAUACAAUGGUGUGAAAAGGGUUUAAGUAGCUCUGCUAAUAUCUUAGCAUUUAUCACUCCCUGUAGAAUAAAUUUUCCUUUUUAAAUUUUGUGAUUGAUCUGCCUCAGCUGCUCAUAGGCACUUGAUUUUUUAAGAUUCUUACACCUCAGAGAUGAUGAACAGAAGGAGUGAGAAAGAAAAAAGCGUUCUUCCCAGCUAAAGUCCUAGAAGAGGGAACAGUUGCCAAAUAACUACUUUAAGUGCAGCUGAAAAACUUGAAGCAGAAUGAAGUUGCCGAACUUAAGUGAGGCCAAAGAAGAGGGUAUGCACCAUGGGAAGCUGACAAGAUGCUAGAGACAGUAUGUUUCCCAGAGAUCUAAAAGCUCAAACACUGCUUGGUAAUAUUUUCCUUUUCCCUAUACUUUCUUAAUUCAGAAACUGACACUUUCAAAGUCCAUUCUACAUUAAAAGAAAAUUCACACUGCUAAGUCUGGCUCUUGUAAGCAGAAAACCCCCAACAGAAUAUAAUCCACGCAAAUGUUAUAUAUCUUGUGUGUCUAUACACAAUCGUACAUUUUUUUCCAGUUACUCCUAAAGCACGAGAUUUGAUUAAAGAGAGAUAUCAAUGCUACUGGCCCGCACAAAAUUGUCAGUAUUUUUUCAUCUUUAACUCUUAAUUUUUAAUAUGCACUUACUCCACUAUUAUGUCUGGAAAGUGAGGAUGUGGUACAGAAAACCUGAUGAGAAACUACUUCAUACAUGCAGUAUUAACAGCAUGAAGGCACAGAGCUAUGCAUCAAGUCACAAUGAGGAAACAGAAAACUGACUGAGACCUUAGGAGGUGUAAGAAUGACAUGGGAGGAAAAAUCACAGGAUAAAGCAAGACCAUCCAAUGAUGAACUCUGCAGAGAUGAGGAAGAUCAUCUGGAGAAAAUCACGAUGGCAUUUGAGAAUGCAGAUGCCACAGGCAUUUCAAUUCUCUGCUCAGUGUGUCAACAAGCAAUAUAUCCACACCAUUUUUUUAAUCACAAAAAAACCCACAAAGCUCUAACUUUGUUGGGCUAUGAUAGCUCACAAACAAGAGUGGAUGAUAAAACACUUUUAGCUCAGAGACAGAAGCUAAUUUCAAAAUUAACUGAGCUUCCUAAGAAUUCUGAAAGACAUCGGCAGAAGAUCAAUAUUUCAUAUGAAUUUCUUAUGGAUGGUCAUGCUUCUACAUCAUGUUGUGAUCAUGACAAUACAAACAGUGUUAACACUCUCAAGGAAGUAAAAAAUUCAUCAAUAAAAGCAUUAUCAAUUAGUCAAGAUAAAAAUUCCAUGUGGCAGAGAGACAUAGAAGACAGAUUUUUUGUAGUGGACAACUACGGAAGUAGGUCAGAUACAUGUUUUCUGGGACUAAUUGAUGGGCACGGUGGCAUGACAGCUGCAGAAACAGUUGCAGCAGAGCUUCCACUUUUAUUUCUUGACCAGCUUGCUCAAACAGAUCCCUCCUACAAAAUAACCAAGGAGGAAAGGCAAAUUCUAGACUCUUUUGCCACAGUAAUCACGGAAGACUACAGGGAAAAAGAGAGGAUUUUCUCUAACAGACAGAACAAGACCCAUAAGACAAAUACUUACGAAUGGAUUCACAAAGCAUACGCCAAGGCCUUCUGGAGAAUGGACAGACUUUUACAGCUAGGAAGGAAUGAGGUUUCCAGAGUUCGAUGGAGUGGCUGCUCAGCUGUAACCUGUUUGAUGGAAAGACUCCCCAGUGAAAACAUGGAUGACACUCAACACUUUGAAAACAGCUCGCAAAGUUCAUUAACUAGGACAACUGAGGAUGUUGCUGGGCUCCUGCACAUUGCUAACAUAGGUAACAUACAUGCAGUUUUAUGUAAAAACGGCAAGAGUUAUCGCCUCUCAGAAGAGCACAGCACUUCCAAUGUAAGGGAGAAAAAACGCAUACUUCAGAAUGGUGGAAACAUCAGCACUAAUGAAUCAGAUGGAUUAGUAGAGGGUCACCUCAGAACUACAAGAGGUCUUGGAUAUCACGGAGAUCCCACACUAAAAGGAUCCGUUAUACCUGUACCUCAUAGCAUCUCUGUCCAAAUUGAUGAUUCUUGUCAAUUCCUUAUUUUAGCUUCUAAUGGGCUUUGGGAGGUUUUGGAUUACAAUGAAGUAUGUGCAUUAACACUAACAACAUUCACUCAUUAUCUGAGAAUGUAUGAAUGCAUUCAACAAAAUGGCGCUUCUCUGUAUAACUGCCAGUAUUUGAUACCCCUCUCUGAAGAGGAGUUAAGUUACUCAAAGGCUACGAAUUAUCAGCAAGUUGGAACAGAGAUGCAGGACUCCAAUAUGGAGGUUUUUCUCCCUGACUCAAAAAGCAGCCUUACACAUGGAAAGCCAGGAUGUUGUAGCAUGAGCUAUUUGCAAAGUGAAAAUGGAGUUGUUCCUAAGGAAACUAAUGAUCGCAAAAAUCAAGCUGAUCCAGAACUGACACUUUUCAGUAAUGAUGAGAUAGGUCCAGAGAAAACAAAGAUAAAACAGUCUGAUUCUUGUACACAAGUCAGCUCUGAAGAAAUGAAACAGUCAGAGGACAGAAAAGUUUAUCUAUGUAACAGUUCUCAGCCACAUUCACAAACCACAGCACCAGAAGAAACAGAUAUUAUCCAUGCAACUAGUCCAAGUUACAUCCAUAAACAGCUGCCAAAUAAACUGACAGUAAGGUCUAAAGACAUUAAACAGACUCAAAAUUGUACAAAAGCAUAUCUAUCUAUUUAUGACUCAGAUCCACAACUGGCUGAAAAAACAAAUUCUAAGAUAUCACACGACAAGUCUGUAGGUUAUACAGGCCACCAACUGCUGAAGACUACAUUGCCAGUGGAUUGUAAGACACCUACACAUUUUGAAGAGGACACAAAAACAUACCUGUCCAGUUGUGAAUCACAAAUCACAGGAAAAGGUGGGGUCACUUCCAAGGCACUCUAUGACAACGCAGCAAACUACAUCAGUGAACAACUGGUAAAGGCUGCAUUACGUGCAGGUUCAAGAGAUAAUAUUACUAUUUUGAUUGUACUUCUAAAUGGAUGUGAUAAGUUACCCAACUAACUCAACAUUUAAAAGGUAUCAUACGACAAAUGAAGUUCCACAGAACACACAGCACAAGCUUAUAUUUAGCUGUGUCAUGAAGUUACUUGCAAUCACCUU